GUGUUGGGGUGCCAUUUACAAUGAAUAGCACCAUAGUGCACAUAAAUCAGGUGCAUUCCCAUGCAUUGAGAUGAGCCUGAACAAUUGUGCAAGACUGAAGGGAGGGCUAGAGCAGGGGCGGACUGACCAUUUGGAAACUCGGGCUCUGCCCAAGGGCCCGGGGUCAGUAGGGGGCCCCAUGAGAUGCCCCUGGUACCUUUUUCAUAGGCUUUUUUGAGUUUGGGCAAGGACACGGGGGCCCCAUGAUCCCCUAUUGCCCGGGGGCCCCAUGAGUUGUCAGUCCG